CAUAAUGUGACAUAUCGUCGUGAUUUUCUCGCCUCGCCCCUCCCCCCAACUACUUUACUACUGUACGAGCCCAGACGAAUGGAUUACUACUAUUUUUAUUUGCUGGACCUGCAGCGGACACGUAGUCCAAUGACGAUGGACCGGAAUAACGGGGGGGAAAGAACUCCUCGAUCAUCCCGUCUUUCUGUUGUCUACGGUCGUGUUGGAUGUUUUAGCCUGACAAAACUUUUUGGGUCAUUUAUUUAUGUGGUCGUACCCCUUCGCAUUCCUUUCUGUUUCCUUUUAAACUUUUUUUUUUCUGUGAUAACAUGUGCUGUGGUAUAUGCUUUUAUCCUCUAGAUCGCUCCUGUAUGCCUCCCGGCGUUUGACCCCGUCGGAACUCUACCUUACUACCACCUCAUAGAUAAAGAUAUGACAUGCCUAUCAGAAUGCCAG